ACAGAGUUCUUUGUACUUUUCCUGAGUUAAUUAUUUCCCAGCAGCUUGCAGAAUGACAAUCAGACCAAUGGAAUUUGUGUCUAAGAAGUUAGAUAACACUUUUUGAUAAAUCCAAAAGCUGUUGUGAAAUUUCAGCAUUCAAAUAUUUCAGAAGUGUAUUUGCUUUGCUGCCAAGUAGAACGUGCAGUUGGAAAACAUCAUGGGAAGAAAAACGAUUUUGCUUCUGAUUAUGGGGGCCCUUGGGGCAUAUUAUGUUUACACACCUAUCCCGGAUAAUAUUGAGGAGCCAUGGAAAUUAAUGUGGGUAACAACGUGUUUGAAAACUAUUACACAUUUGGGUCACUUUGCUGAACUGUUGGGAAUCAGUAAUUCCAUGGACAUUACAGGGUUCUUCAUGAGCAUUCAAGAAGUCCCACCCACAUCUGAUGAAAAUGUCACUGUGAUGGAGACAACUUUCAACAAUGUUCCUGUCCGUAUAUAUUUACCAAAACGGAAGUCAGAGACACUAAGAAGAGGCUUAUUUUAUGUUCAUGGUGGUGGUUGGUGUAUGGGAAGUGCUGCGUUCUUUGAUAUUGACUUUCUAUCAAGACGGACAGCCGUUAUACUAGAUGCUGUUGUCAUUUCAACCAACUACCGACUAGCACCUGAACAUCACUUUCCAAGCCAAUUUGAAGAUGUCUAUAAUGCACUGAAGUGGUUCUUAAGCCAAGAUGUUCUUGACAAGUACAGUGUAGAUCCUGAAAGAAUUGGUAUCUCUGGAGAGAGUGCUGGAGGGAAUUUAGCUGCAGCCGUGACUCAACAGCUCAUAGAUGACCCAGAUGUCAAGAUCAAGCUCAAGACCCAGUCUUUAAUUUAUCCUGCCCUUCAGUCUCUUGAUCUGGAUUUACCAUCAUAUCGGGAAAACUCAAAUUUUCUUGGUCUGACCAAAUCAUUCGUGGUCAAAUUGUGGAGUGGAUACUUUACCACGGACAGAUCACUUGAAAAAGCCAUGUUCUUCAAUCAACAUGUACCGGUGGAAUCAAGUCAUCUGUUCAGAUUUGUUAAUUGGAGUUCUUUGCUCCCUGAGAAGUUUAAGGAAGGGCAUUUUUACAACAGUCCAACUUAUGGUAAUUCUAAGCUGGCUAAAAAGUAUCCAGGGUUUCUAGAUGUGAGGGCGGCUCCCUUGUUGGCUGAUGACAACAGAUUGCGUAAUUUGCCCCUGACCUAUGUCAUCACCUGUCAAUAUGAUGUAUUAAGAGAUGAUGGAAUCAUGUACGUCACCAGACUCCAGAAUGCUGGAGUUAGGGUGACCCAUAACCACAUUGAGGAUGGAUUCCAUGGAGCACUUGUUUAUCGUGGGUUUAAAAUUGGAUAUAGAAUAGAAAAUCAGUAUUUGAGUUGGUUAAGUGAAAAUUUAUAGUAAAAUAUCUGAACAGUGGUUUAUAAAAAUAUAUAAACCUCAGAGUAGAAAACAAAUUAGUGAUAAAAGGUUGUGUUUGCAUUGAUAUUUGAUUAUCUCUGACCUUUCUAAAGUUCUCAUAACCAUUGUAUUUUCUUUGUUUGUCUUUUUAACUCAGCAGAUUCUUCUCUAUCCCUUAUUCUAAAUGUUGUUUACUCAUCUGUGUACUUUAAUAUUUAUAUUCUAUAUUUUUUCUUGCUGCUAUUACUCAUUUCUCAUAACUCUAAUUUAUAGCCCUAGUUUUUUGUCUAAUAGUAUUACUAUUGAGAAGAAAGUUUAAAGGAAUACAUCUGGUUUGUGAAAUGCUAGAGCUUCAGUUGGCAUGGAUUUGGAGUCUUGAAAUGCUGCCUUAUAGGCACUCAUAUUUUCUUGCCAAUUCUUUUUUCAAAGUGUUUGCCUCAAUGCAACAUCAUUUGCUUAUCACUGCAAAGUUCACUUCUUAAUGCAAACUUCUUCCUGUGCUCAGAUACCAGAAUCAGUGCCAAUGAUCUCAUAGGCAUUUUAGGAAAAAGCAGCUCUCUUCUUGUGACAAAUGAGGGGCAUUUAAGUGGGAGGCAGUAACUCUACAUGUAGCAGCAAUGAGUGAAGCCCAGGACAUAGAGGAAAUCACAAAACCCAUUUGAAAAUUUUGAUCUCUGAAAGUCCUGUUGUCUAUAUGGGGUUAGUAGGCUGACAAAUAAAACAGCUAUGUUAUUGGACUGUCUUAGUCAAUUUGGGCUGCUGCAACAAUAACUAUAGUGUUCAUGGCUUAUAAAACAAUAGAAAUUUAUUGCUUGCAGUUUUGGAGGUUCAGAGUGUCAACAUGGUCAGAUUCUGGUGAGAGCCGUCUUCUGCAUUGCCAACUGUGACUUCCGUGAUGAAGAACACAGAGGGGGCAGGCUUUUCUAUGACUCUAAUAAGGGCACUCAUUUCAGUCACUAGGGCUCCACGGUCAUGAACUCACCUAAUCCUAAUUGCUUCUCACAGUCUUCACUUCACUUCCUAAUACCAUCACAGAGAAGGUGGGGUUUCCACAGAGGAAACUUGGGGGACACAUUCAGUCUAUAGCAUAGACUGGUGAAUAAACAGUAAUGACCAUAUAUUAUGUAAUGUUUGAUAACUUUGGAGAAAUACUGAGGGAAGCAGCUCAGGGCUAGUAUGGCAUCUCCUCCCAACCAUCAGAAAUCAAGGCUUCUUUCCAUUCCUCCUCAGCUAUUAUCAGGCAGUAAGAGGGGCAGGUUAGGGGAAUGGGAGAAUCAGAAACUUUCAUUUCUGUUUUUAUCAAGAAAAACAAUAGCAUUUCUGCAAGUCCUACCUGGUACACGUCUCAUUUUAUGUUUCAUUUUACAGAACUGUAUUUCAUGUGGACACACAUAGCUGCCAAGUUUGCUUAAGGAGUAAUAUUUUUUUUAACAUGGGCACACCGUCCUGAACAAGAUUUUUUUAUUUUUUUCAAGUAAAACCAUGAGAGAGAAGUAAACAACUAGUAGUUAGGUCACAAAUUCUGUAGGCAUAAAUGGUUUAAAUUACUUGUGGAAAAUACAUAGGAAUAUUUGUGGUCAUGUAUUACAUGAGACAGAAGUAUAAAUGAAUCAUACUUAUGGUUCCAAAUGGAGCACCAUUGGGAUACUUGUGUAAUAUUUGUGUACUCAGUUGAAGAGGACUUUUUUACUUGUAUCUGUAUGUCCCACUCUUUUACCUCCUUCAAACCACCUACCCGUAAAUCAAAACAAUGUAUGUUAAUUACCAGGUGGGAACAUAGUCUUAAUUUGGAAUAGAAAGAUAUGUUUAAAUAUGGACAUAACAUAUGACACAAAGUACUUUUUUAAAGCUAUAUAAAUAAUAAUGAUGCAACAAAUUGAUGUCAGUUGCAUGUGUCUCCUUAGAUUUCCAGCCUAAAGUUAUAGCAGAGGGAGGGAUCAAUAACUAACAAAGCAACAACAACAAAAGAAUUCUCUAUUCUCAGCUUAAGUUUCCUAUUACAAAAGUCCAUCCAAAUCCCCACAUUUGGUUUUUACCAAGUACAAUAGGAUGAAAAAUUAUUGGUGUCCUGAUGACUUCUUGGGCUUUACUGAUAGCUCAGUUGGUAAAGAACCUGCCUGCAAUGCAGGAGACCCUGGUUCAAUUCCUGCGUUGGGAAGAUCACUGGAGAAGGGAUAACUGGCUGUCGUUAACUGAUUUUUACCCCUCUCUACAUCAGUCCUCACUCUCAAUCACUUUCAUUUCUCACCCCCUAAUCUCUGUAAUGUAUUCCCUGUCCCUGAUUCUCCCCUUUCCACAACCCCUUCUCAAUUCCUAUAAUCUUCCACUGAGCUCUCUGGAACUCCUGAAUCAUCAUGAACAGAUAUCCGUAAGAUUUUAUCUGUGCCUUCCAUUAACUGUCAUCUGAGAUGUAGUACUUGAUUGAGGACAAGGCUUCUAUUUUCCCUCCCACAUUGAUCAAACCAUAAGUAUCUUCCUUGUUCAUUAAUGCUACCAGACUAUUCUUUCUCCCUACAGCCUCCCAUAUCAUGAUAGUAGACUCUAUCAUCAGUUACCUUUCCAUUAUGUAGUCACUUGCCAACCUCUGCAUCACUGACUCUAAUGUCUCAAAGAUUUCACCUUUAAAGUCUCCAUCGCUAUCUCCACUAUUACAAUUGGGGAUUUCAAAAUCUAUAUAGAUGAUACAACUAACAGUGUGGACUGUAAAUUGUUUGGCUUUCCUUCCCCCUGAUAAUGUUGGCUUUUACUCUGCAUAAACCAUUUGCUUUUAUGAUCAUGCCUUAGACUUUGUUACUAACCGAAACUGCACCCUAUAAUCUCAGUAUCAAAGAGGCUAUUAUCUGACUGUAACCUGCUGUCAUUCUAGGUCACUGUCACUAAUACUCCUAAUUACCAUGCACUUGAAUUAUAUCAGCAUUUUAAAUUUCCUCAUUCUGCAUGUAUUUUUCCUUCCUUAUUCAGAUUUAGUUCUUCAGUCACUCAUUAUGAUCACUUUCUUGUAUACAUCCCAGAUUCUAUCUCUUGCUCUCCAUUACAUUUUCUGCAUCUGUCUUUUUUCUUGAUCUCUUAGUGGAGUGCUUCUGCAUAUGGGUUUUGUUGUUGCUGUUUGUUUUUAAACCCGUACUCUCUUCUCUGGUGAUAUUAGCUAGUCUCAUGGCUUUCAAUAAUCUGUAAAUUGAAGCCCCAAUCCACAUCUCUGGUCUGAACCUUCUUAACUCCAGAUUAGGUAUACAUAUACAUCUAUAUACAUACUUUACAAUCCCAGUUGGAUUUAAAUAAAUACCUCAAACUUAAAUUUCUGAUCUUUUGUCAAAUAACUGUUGAUCUUCAUCUUUCUCAUGUCUGCAGAUAGCAACUCCUUAUUUCCAGUUAUUCAAGGCAAAAACAAACAAAAGUAAAGUAAAACCAAAACAAAUAGACAAAAACUCACUAUUAUUUGUCUCCUUAUUUUUUCUGUCACAGAUAUCAUUAUUAAAUCCUCUUAGCCAAAAUAUAUCCUGUAUCCAACCUUUUUUUAUUCUUACUUCCAUUGCUAACACCCUGAUCUAAAUGACUAUCAAUUUUUGCUGGAAAUAGUCCAAUGGAAUUAUAAUUUCUCUCUCCUUUUCCAUUUUGAAUCCUUAGAAUCAAUUUGCAAGAUGUCAAACAGAAUGACCUUUUUUAAAAUGAAAGACAUGUUACUCCUCUUCUCACGGUCCCCCAAGAAGUUUUGUCUUCACUAGGGCAGUAGCCAAGAUGUCUGAAGAAAACUUUUAGGUACAUACACCUCAAACUGCUAAAUGAAAUAUGCGAUGACUCUUUCUAAAUUAUGAAUGGGUUGAGGGGGAAAGUAGAGGAAAGUUCGGGGACAAAAGUGUUCAUAAAGCACAAAUCCUGAGAUUCCUACUUGAGAUUUCUCUGACAUUGCAAGUGAGACAGUAAGCACAUGUCUUAGGUUAUCAGGCCACCUUCUGUGGCAGGAGCUAUUUGUCCCAUAGUCCAGGUACCGGAUAUUUGAAUCUAUAAUCUGACUUUAAAACAUAAAUUUUAUUAUUCUCCUAUGGCAAAGAGAUCAGGGGAUGACUGCCGAUUAAAAGAGCUUCUCACAGGUGUCGCGAGAGUCAGGCCACUCCAUGGGGGUGCCACACGUGCAAGCACCAGAGUCGAUCAGGAUGCAGAGAGAGCAGGGGGAAAUGUGGACCAGAGCUUUACUGCAGUUUCCACGGGAAAGAAUAUAGGCAAGGCAGGGUAAGCAAGCUUAGGAUCGGCUAAUUUGAAUAAUUUCAGGGCACUGUUGGGUAUAGGGGCUGUCUCUGGCUGGUACUUGGCCCUGUGGUGAUUAGGUGAUUAGAUGAUUAAGCCCUGGGGUGAUUAAGAUAAAGAGACUUUAAGGGAAUGGGUUCUGAACGGGUUGGUUUGCAUAUGAAAAAUGUGCUCACAGGCAAGUUGGUGGCUUAUCUCUAUCCAUUAGCUGAGCCUGAGAAGGGUAGUCCCUCCGUGGUCAGAAAGACCUCAGAUGUUGAAACACCAAAAUAUAGAGAAAAGGAAACAAAAACAUGCUUACUGCAAGUCCCAAAGGAUGCCACUGGAUAGCAACACUUCAGUUCUACCACAGACUCAAUCUGCAAUUGACCAGGUAAUGGACACUUCCAAAUUCAUCCUUUCAAUGGCUGCAAAGAUUUCCCCCCACCCCACCUCUUUUUGAUUUGUUUGCUUACUUAGCUAGUUCAAGAGUUGAGUGUUUUUUUUUUUUUUUUUUAGUUGGAGGAUAAUUACUUUACAAUAUUGUGAUGGUUUUUCC